AUGCCAAAAGAGGAAGAAUGUUUCCAUGGAGAACAACAACCCAAUGGUAAAGGCUGGUUUCCAGCCCUGCCAGAUAUAAUGAGCCUCUUAGUAUGGAACUACCGAGGGCUUGGGAACCCUCGGUCAGUUAGGAUCCUUAGCAAACUUGUUAAGGAAAAGGGCCCACUCUUAGUUUUCCUUUUGGAAACUAAGUGUAGUAAACAAAGGAUGGAGGUAGUCAGGAGAUCUCUGAAGAUGGAUGGGUGUUUUGAUGUUGAAAGUGUUGGAAUGAGUGGAGGCAUUGCUUUGCUGUGGAAGGAAGAAUGGGAGGUCCAAGUGGUUAGCUAUACUAGGUGGCAUGUUAGUGCAAUGGUUAAGGAAGAGAUCAAUGACAGAAGGUGGCAUUUCACUGGGUUUUAUGGCCAUCCCGAGACAGCCAAAAGGAAGAGUAGUUGGCAGCUACUUGAGAUGUUAAAGCCUCAAUCAUCAGUGGCUUGGCUAUGUGCAGGAGAUUUCAACGAAGUGUUGCAUCAAAAAGAAAAGCAAGGGGCAUCCAGUAGACCAUACAACCAAAUUGAAGCAUUUAGACAAGCUGUUGAGAUAUGUGGGCUAUAUGAUGUGCAUCACUUGGGACAAUACUUUACAUGGUCCAACAACAGAAGGGGUGAGGAUUUUACCAAGGAAAGAAUAGACAGGGCUAUGGCUAACAAGGAGUGGCAAGAACUCUUCAGAGAGUACCAGACCAGCUGGUCUCUCAGGCUGCACAAUGAGACACAGAUUGGAAACAUGCCAAAAGGCCCUACAGCAAUGGAGAAAAAAAAAACAAAGCAGGACAACCAUAAGCACGAAGCAGAGACACUACAAAGAAUAAGCCACCUUCAGAACAGUGGUACUGGCUCCCAUAUAACAGAAAUGCAACAGCUCCAGAAGAGAGUAGAAUCAUCCCUGGCUGCAGAAGAUGUGAAGUGGCGUCAGAGGGCAAAACAACACUGGCUAAGAGGACAGGAAUACACACUUCUUCCAUCAGCAGGCCUCUUAGAGAAGAAGAACCAACACAGAGAUAUGAAGUCCUGGCUCUCUAAGCCAUUCACCCGAGAGGAAGUAAGAGGUGCUAUGUUUCAAAUGAAUCCAUUAGGGUCACCUGGACCUGAUGGUUUCCCAGCUGAUUUCUAUCAAAAACAUUGGGAAGUGGUGGGGGAGGAAGUAUACUCUUAUGCACUCGAAGUCCUAAAUUGUAGUAGGUCCCUCCAAGAUGUUAAUGACACUUACAUAUCCCUUAUUCCUAGAGUGAAAAACCCCAAGAGAGUAGCUGAGUUUAGACCAAUUAGUCUUUGUAAUGUGCUGUAUAAAAUUGUGUCUAAAACCCUUGCUAAUAGAAUGAAAGGUAUUCUCCACAACCUUAUCUCACUCAACCAAAGUGUCUUUGUCCCGGGUAGGCUCAUCUCAGACAAUAUAUUAGUAGCUUAUGAAGUUUUACACUCUAUGAACUCGAGAAUGAAAGGAAAAAGAGGAUGUAUGGCACUAAAAAUUGACAUGAGUAAGACAUAUGACAGGAUAGAGUGGAGUUUUGUUGAAGCUGUAAUGGUCAAGAUGGAAUUCCCACUGAGAUGGAUUAGGCUCAUUCAGUCCUGCCUUAAUUUAGUAUCCUAUUCCAUUUUAGUUAAUGGAGAGCCACAAAGGAAAUUCAAGCCAUUGAGGGGACUUAGACAAGGAGAUCUAGUGUCUCCUUACAUUUUCAUCAUGUGUGCAGAAGCACUCUCCUCAAUGUUGAAAAGAGCUGAACAAGCUGGACAGAUCACUCCUGCACCUGUUGGAAGAGGCCCCAUCACAAUUAAUCAUUUGUUUUUUGCAGAUGAUAGCAUUCUCUUCUGUCAAGCAACAUCCAAAGAACUAGCAUGUGUCCUCAAAGUCCUUGAAGUCUAUGGAAAGGCAUCAGGUCAAGUCCUGAACAAAUAUAAGUCUUCAAUCCUCUUCAGCAAGAACACACAGACAGCAUGUAGGACUCAGAUAUUGGUUAAAGCAACAAGCAACUUCGAGAAGUAUUUGGGACUUCCAGCUGUAGUGGGGAGGCAAAAAGUGGCAACCUUUCACACACUCAUUGACAGAACUUGGGCUAGAAUGGUUAACUGGAAAAACAAGUUUCUGUCAAGUGCAGGGAAAGAAGUCCUCUUAAAAUCAGUGUUACAAGCCAUUCCCUCUUAUGCAAUGGGGAUUUUCCUACUACCAACCUCGAUAACAAACAGGCUGAACCAACUUAUAAGAAAAUUCUGGUGGGGAUACAAUGAGGAUACCUCAAAGAUUCAGUGGGUAAGGUGGAAUCAACUCAGCUACAGCAAAGAGGCGGGUGGUCUUGGGUUUAGAGAUUUCAGAAGCUUCAACCUGGCUCUACUUGCUAAACAAGGAUGGAGGAUUUUACAGAAUCCAUCCUCUUUAGCUGCUAUGGUCUUAAAACAAAAAUACUUUCCAAAAACUGGUUUCCUAGAUGCAACACUGGGGGCAAGGCCUUCCUUUGCGUGGAGAGGAGUGUGUGCAGGUCUGAAAAUUCUAAGAGAGGGACUAGUGUGGAGAGUGGGCAGUGGGCACAAUAUUAACAUUUGGAAGGACUGGUGGAUAACCUAUUUUCCAUCAAAAAGAGUAGUCUCUACUCGUCCAGUGGGCUGUGAAUGUGAAAAGGUAAGUGAUCUUAUAGACAGUGAUCUAAAAACCUGGAAGUAUCCUUUCAUUCAGGAGCUGUUAACUGCACAAGAGUAUGAAGCUGUAAAAGCAAUUCCCAUUAGUGCUGGGGGUAGGGAAGAUAGGAUGGUCUGGCACUUCACCACCAAUGGCGAGUAUUCAGUGAAAAGUGGGUACCAUGUUCACAGGCAAAUGGAGGCUGAUUUUCAGGGGGAGUCCUCUAAAAAAACACAGGUCAAGCAUGUAUGGAAGAGUAUAUGGAAGCUAAAGACCUCUCCAAGUGUCAAACAAUUCAUGUGGAGAGCAUGUAGUGAGGCCCUACCAACACUAGCAAAUGUGAAGAGAAGGAAGGUUGUAGAGGACAACAAUUGCCUUAUUUGUUCCCAAGCCAUUGAAACCUCAAGUCAUGCCUUGUGGAGCUGUGUUGCGGCUCAGGAUGUGUGGAAACAAAGUUGUAAAAAGGUCCAGAAGAUGUCCUGCCAUAGUGACCUCUUUUUUGAUAUCUGGUCCUUGCUAGUAGAGAACUUGGAUGCUACUGAACUAGAAGAUAGUGCAGUGGUACUGAAAAGGAUUUGGUCUAGAAGAAACAAGAUGUAUCAUGGGAAAGGAUUCACCCAUCCCACUAAGCUGUAUCAACAGGCCAUAGAAGAAGUAUCCAUUUUUAGGGAAUCCCUUGUAAUAGACCAAGGAACAAAGAAACAGGCUGGAUCAGCAGGACUUAGGUGGGCCAAACCAAUGCAGAACUCCUACAAGCUCAAUUGGGAUGCAGCUGUUAGAGCAAAGGAGGGAAGAGUUGGGAUAGGUGUGAGAGUCAGGGACUUCCAAGGACAGGUAGUUGGCACUGUAAGAGCUCAAAGACCUUUAAGAGGGACUCCUUUCGAUGCUGAGGCUUAUGGUCUGUUGGUUGCAGCUGAGUUUAGCAGAGAUCUGGGGUUGCAACAAGUCUGUUUGGAGGGUGAUGCAAAAUGGGUGGUGGAUGGUUUGCAGAGCAAAGCAAUGGACUGGAGCUUAGGGGGUUGCCUGAUUGAAGAUGCGAAAAGGGUAUUGAAUUCAAGUGUCAACUGGACAGCCUCCCAUGUCCAUAGAGAGGCAAAUAUGGCAGCACACCAACUUGCAAAAGUGGCUACAGAGAUGGUAGAAGAUGUCUCUGAGCUUGAGAGAUGCCCGAGCUGUGUUUUCCAUAUUGUACACAAGGAGAUGAUGUAG